AUGGUCCGCCCUCUGUGGGCUUUGGGGCUUGCUGCUGCUAUGGUGGAGGCGCAGCUGAACAGGACCAUCUCUUUCGAUACCUCGUACCAGCCAAUCGACGAUACUGGAUUCACACUGGCCGUUGUUCCUGGAGUCCUUCACGAGAGCUCUCCACUCCUCCAACCCACCAAGCUCGUGCGUCGCAAGAAGAUCGAGGUCGUGGUUGCUGUCGCGGUCGUAGCCACUGCCGGCUUCAAUGCCAUAAUUUCUGCAAACUCAGGUUUCGACUUGUACAAUAGCAUUGCGGCGAAGAUAUCGAAGAAGUCAGACAACAACGCUUGCACUCUUACCUACGGGACCGAUGCAGACGACGGCUAUUAUGUUGGCUAUGCCUAUAGAGCUACGACGACCGGAACCAACUGUGACACCACUGCCAUCGAAAAGACCGUCCAAAACGCAGUUUACGAAUGCGCCAAUAAGCUUCAUAGUGCUGGAGUCAUCACAGGUUGUUGUCAAUUUAGUCAUGGGGGCACCUGGACUGGACAUCUUCGUUUAACCAACGCGCCGGACCGGUUUCCUGCCACCUAUGUGAACUGCUAG